AUGGCUUUGCAUUCAUUGCUCGUUUUCACGCAGCUUGCGAUACUCGUCGCUCCCUUACGUGGCGCACCUGUACCUCAACCACCCGUGGGAUCCAUCGCGGACGUGCCCCGCGUUGCAUCGUCGCGACCUAAUAACUUAGAUCUCAUAAGCAAUCCUGUACUCAAACUUGUCAACCCGAUGCUCUGCAGUACCCUUGGCCGGCAGGUAAAUUUGCCGUCCGUCACAGACCUAUCCGGUCCCGAUGCCUCGGAUCUACAAGGAGUAGUGAACGAUAUACUUCCAGAUUGCGGCCAAGGGGACCAGUCCAAGGACGGUGGUACAACUAGUGGCCAGCCAGGUCGAGGCUCCAUCGGCAGUGGCAGAGGCACAGGCGUAGGCGGAGUUGGGAAUGGGCCUGCUUCCCCGGGAGGUACCAACGCGAACAACGGUGCGAGCGGGCACGGCCAACCUGGCGCUUACACCGGAACGUCGUUUGGCGGAUAUGCGCCUUCGGACCAAGGCAAUGUCGCUGGCAACUCUUAUCCGAGCUCUGGUCUUGGUUUCGGUGCUGAGCCUGGCUUCGAGUCUGGCUAUCCCCAGUCGGCUGGUUCGGUGCAAGGCUUCCCCGAUGGAGUGCAUGGCUACCCGAACGCACCACAAGGCUACCCGACUGCCCAAGGUAGCCUCGGCACCAACACGCCCGCUCCAAGCGGAAACGGAGCCUCUCCGACUGCUGGGUCUGGCGACGGUACUGGGGCAACAACUGGAACCGGCAACUCUGGUUCAACUGGGACUGGAAACUCUGGCACCUCAGCGAACCCUUCCGGCUCUGGCGGUCCUUCAACUCCGGGCGACACAGGCGCAGGAACUACUCCAACGGUGGCUGGACUUGGAGGGAAUGGUCGCGGCACAAGUGGCAACGGAGGCGAUCCUUCCGGCACCGUUACACAGAAUGGCUCUGGUACCACAGGAUCGGCUGGCGGCUCUCCUGCCACUCAAGGCAACGGUGCUUCGGGCGAUGGAGGUGGAGACGGCGACGACAACGGCUCCUUGUCCGGCACGACUCAGCGAAACGGAUCAGAUGGGACUGCGAACUCGAGUGGCGAUUCGGGUACGAAUCAGAGGUGUGACGGUGUGGCAUGCACAGUCAUCGGUGCCGCCGCCGGCGUAGGGGAACUCCUCGCAGAUCCCGAGGUCAUGCCGAGCGGGCAGUCGUCCGUCCUUGAGGAUCCUUCGACUCUAAUGAAGGCGUCGAACUUGUCCGAUUGUCCUGAAGGAGACGAAGACGACGCUUGUGUCAAGACGUCGCGAUGA